AUGGCAUCCGCCAGCACGAGCCUGAUCGAGUCGGCCAAGCGCGCGGCCUGCGUCCAGGCCGUGGCGGAGAACUUCGACGCGACCUUCCGGUACGUGGGGAUCGGCAGCGGGAGCACGAUCGCGUACGUGGUCGAGGCGAUCGCGGGGCUAGGGCCGGGCGUGACGAGCGGGAUGCGGUUCGUGCCGACGGGCGCGGGGUCGGCGGCGCUGGUGCGGGGCGCGGGGCUGACGGCGCUGUCGGUGCCGGAGCUGCUCGCGCUCGAGCCGGGCCCGGCGCCCAGCCCCGCCGCCGAGAACGUCCCCCACCGCCCCAUCGACAUCUACUUCGACGGCGCCGACGAGGUCGACCCCGAGCUCAACUGCAUCAAGGGCGGCGGCGCGUGCCUGUUCCAGGAGAAGCUCGUCGCGCGGCUCGCGCGCCGCUUCGUCUGCGUCGCCGACUCGCGCAAGCGCGCCCCGCGCCUCCUCACCCACUGGGCUUACGUCCCCGUCGAGGUCGCCCCCGCCGCCGCCGAGUACGCCCGCCGCGAGCUCGCGCGCCUCGGCAGCGUCGACCCCACGAUCCGCACCGUCCCUGCCGCCGCCGAUGGCGCCGCCCCCGCGCCCCUCGUCACCGACAACCACAACUACAUCGUCGACGCGCCCUUCCCCGCCCUGCUCCUCAACGCCGAGGCCGACCAGCUCGACCCCGCCCGCGGCCGCUGGACCCCCGACGCCCUGCUCGCCCGCAUCCGCCAGGUCUUCGGCGUCCUCGAGGUCGGCAUAUUCGCCGGGCUCGACGGCCCCACUGCCGCAGCCCAAGGCCCUGACGCCGAGGGCGUGCGCCCCGUCAAGGCGUACUUUGGCCGACCGGAUGGCGAGGUGGAGACGCUAGGGUGA